AUGUGUGCUCAACAGGAUUCGGAGAACACUAGAAGAAGCCCAACCAGUCGAGCAAGCUGGAUUUCGUCGCUCCUUCUCUACGAUCGACCACAUCCACUCAGUCCAGCGACUACUCGAGGUUGGUCGCGAGUACCAGAUCCCACUCACACUUGUCUUCAUAGACUUCCACAAGGCAUUCGACAGUGUUGAGCCAGGAGCUAUCUGGGAAAGUCUCCGAAGGCAAGGGAUAGAUUCGGCCUACAUCAACCUACUCAAAGAGUGCUAUACCAACUGCAGCACAACAUUCACACCCCUCCACCGAUCUGUCACGGUCCCAAUCACGAGAGGAGUGCGGCAAGGCGAUCCUAUCUCGCCAAACGCGUUCUCGGCCUGCCUAGAACUAGUCUUCAGCCAAAUGUCCUGGAACCAUCUGAAAGGGCACGACUCUACUCCACGUCAAAGAGGAAGUUAGACUGGGCCGGACACGUGGCACGAAGGACAGAGAACCGGUGGACCACUCUGACGCAAGAAUGGAUCCCAAGAGACACAAAGCGGCCGGUCGGCAGACCGCCGAUGAGAUGGAUCGACGCCCUCAACAAAGAAGUCACCAUCCGACAAGGAAACCGAGUGGUACCAUGGAGCACCAUUGCCAAAGAUCGGAAGGCGUGGUGUGCUGUGAUCCGCGCCCACACAAUGUGAGCGAGGAACGGAUCGACUAAGUAAGUAAGUAAGUAAAACGACAGAGGUGAGAUCCCGAGUGAGAUCACGAACACUCUGCCGCCGGCCGAUCUUGGUGCCGUCGAAAAUGGGAAAUGA